GUGGCAUGAACCGAUCCCUAAAAGAUCCGACUCAUAAGAACAAUUCGUUUUCGAAUCGGACAUCGAAAAUCAGGAGAGGACCCUCGCUUAACAACAACAGUUUAGUGCGGUAAACCAACGAUGGGGAACCGUGACGACGAAUACGAUUAUUUAUUUAAAGUGGUGCUCAUUGGAGACUCUGGUGUGGGGAAGAGUAACCUGUUGUCCCGUUUCACUCGGAAUGAGUUCAACCUGGAGAGCAAGAGCACCAUCGGUGUGGAGUUCGCAACCCGCAGCAUCCAAGUGGACAGCAAGACCAUAAAGGCCCAGAUCUGGGAUACAGCGGGACAGGAACGCUACAGAGCCAUCACAUCAGCAUACUACCGGGGUGCAGUUGGAGCUCUCCUGGUCUAUGACAUCGCAAAGCAUCUGACUUAUGAGAAUGUAGAGCGCUGGCUGAAGGAGCUUCGGGAUCACGCGGAUAACAACAUUGUCAUCAUGCUGGUGGGCAACAAGAGCGAUUUGAGGCACCUCAGGGCCGUUCCCACUGAUGAGGCCAGAGCUUUUGCAGAGAAGAACACUCUCUCCUUCAUCGAAACAUCAGCUUUGGACUCCACAAAUGUGGAGGAGGCAUUUAAAAACAUACUAACAGAAAUCUAUCGGAUCGUGUCACAGAAGCAGAUCGCCGACAGGUCCAUGCAAGACGAGUCUCCCGGCAACAACGUAGUGGACAUCACCGUGCCGCCCACUACCGAUGGUUUAAAGGGGAACAAAUUUCAGUGCUGUCAGAACCUGUGACCCCACUUCCCCCAGCUCUGCCCCCACCCUUCGGCUUCAGUUCCCCUCUAUUUAUCUCAGCUUUGCUCCUGUGUGUUGUGCUAUGGCUACGGCUCUUUCCUCUUUUUACCUCGUUGUGAUUUCCACGCUGAUUCUAGACGUCCCUUAGAAGCGUGAAUCUCUAGGUAACAUUCCUUUUUUUGGGGGGGGGGGGGGGUCUUGUUUGUUGGUCCCUGUUUUUUUUUUCUUUAGUAUUUUCCACUGUCUGAAUUCACGUUUUCCUCGGAAGCGAUUAUUUUAGGCGCUGAUCGUGUGAUCCGCUCCUGAGGAAAAGGGAUGGUGAUGGAUCAGUGUGUCUUCGGCUUCCUCUGAUGGUUAUUCUCUGGGAUCCACACUAAACGCCCGCCAUGUGUUGAGCCUGAUCCCCGACUUGGGAUAAAAGGGCAAGUUUAAAAAAAACAAACAAACAAAAAAAACACUCUGAUUCACCUUGGAUCAUGCGGAUACCAAAGGAGGCCUGCUGUAAUCUUUAUUUCAAUUCGUAAACAUUUCACGCCUCUAGUCCUAUGCUGCAAUAUUUAACGCCAGGGCUGAUGAGUGUGAAGUUGUGCAAUUUGAUCAACGCGUUUAGAUUGCCAUAUAUAUAUAUAGCAGUUAUGUGAAUGCGUCUAAGCAUUUCAUGAAUUAAGAAAUUAUUCAAAUAACGGUUUUAUAUAUAUAUAUAUAUAUAUAUAUAUAUG